AGUGGCAGGUCCUCUGAAUUUUUCAGUCAGCCCAGAGCCCAAAAGCGAAAUACACACAACGCGCGAGUGUGGAAAAAUAUUUGAAAAAUCUCCCUCAUUUUCCAAGUGAAGCGGAGCAAAAUAAAUCAAAUCAAAAUCAAACGGCUGAAAAGGGCUAAAAUACCAGUGCGAAUGAUGUCGGGAAUUUUAUUGCUUUUGGCCAUGAUGGGCUGCAUUUCAAAUGGCGCGGCCAUCAAAUGCUUCGUCUGCGAUUCGAGCGAUAAUCCCAGCUGCGCCGAUCUGGGCUCCAAUUCCACCAUAGUGGCCGAGGAAUGUACGUUGGACAAAAUGAAAUCACUGGACACCUGGCUGUUUGAUUUGAACAAGUUCGCCUACUUCGAAAAUGGGGCCAAUAAAAUUCCACUCAUGAAUUGCCAAAAAGUGGUAGCCAAAGAUCCCGAGACCAGAAAAGUGGUAACAGCCAGAUUCUGCCAACUGGACACUGGUGACUCGGAUGCCUGUAAGAUCCUGCGGGACAAACUGCGCAUCCCCGACUCCAAUGAGCGUGAACGCAACCAGCAGCAGCGCCAGAGGAAUCAAGGAUACGGCGGCCAGGCCCAGAACCCGGCGGAGAGCGAAGAAACCUCUGCGGAGGAUGCCUUCUUUUGUGAUAUUUGUAAAUCGGAUCGUUGCAAUGGAGCGGCGGCCAUAACGCUUUCAAUGAGUGCCCUUUUGGCUCUGAUCCUUUUCCAACUGGGCUGCUAAAAAGAACAGGAUAAUUCAAGGAUAACCCAAUUGGAAAUUGGGGGUGGUGGUGGUAGCGAUGGUGGCUGCGUUGGUUGCAUUUAGGUUGAGUUACCGUUAGCGUUACCGUUGCCGUUACCGUUUACUUUGUAAAUAUUUGAGUGCAAUGUCGCUGAUUCGAACAAGUGUUUCAAUGGCACUCCCCCACCCACAAAAAAAAGGACACCCCACCCGA